AAAGAUGCUUGACAACACAUUGUACCAUGAGCAAGUAGUCUUAUGUAAAUCUGAAACUCAUUUUAGUAUUAUAAAGAAAUCAUUUUAUGAAGAGAUGUGAUGAGAAGACAAACUUUUGGAUUUAAGAUUGAUCAGAAGAAUCUCAAGGUUUUGUAGAUCAAUCUGAGAGAGUGCUGUUACAUAAUACUAACAGAGCUUAGUCUGGAUUGUUCACACAAACAUUGGGACAUCCUAGUACUUUCAAGAGAGUUAUAAUAUAUUAAUCACAUAGUCUUUGCUUUCUUACCAUAUUCAGGACAGAGAAAGAAAACUGCCUAUCUUAACACAACAAUUGAUUGGUCUCCAGAGUAACAGGUUUGUUUGCUAGACAGAUAUCAGCGCUUCAUCAGACGCACAAUGCCUGCCCCUGGAGUAAGACGACCUUGGACAAGUUAUGAUGCCAGGGGUGCCCUUGAGAGUGAUCAUACAGGCUGGCAACCAGAUUCGGAUGACCAGGUGGAAUAUAUUCCCCUCACAGACAACCAAGUAGCAGACCACUUCAGCAAGAUGAGGAAUUCUUCCAUGUAUGGUGACCAUUACACAGGAAAUAGACUUCCUGAUGUCAAUGAUAUCACACAUGACACCGAUUUGAUGUCAUACAACCAGCGCAGGGUGACGCCAGAGACUGAAUUUAGCAAGCGACAGAAAAUGUUUGAUUAUUACCAGGAUCUAGCCAGGCAGUUAUAUCAUAGGAAAAACCAAGCUAGGAAUCCAAUCCCUGACCAACCUCCUAUAGUUCGGGCAGGAAGAGCUGGUGCUCCAUGGAGACAUGUUAGACAAUGCACUGGUAACCUAGGACAGCACAUUGCUUUCAUAGAUGGUGUAGUGAAACAAGAUGACACCCACAAGUACCCUCCCUAUGGCUUUGUCAUCCCAGAGAUUCAUGGCAACCCUCCUAGUCGUGUCAGAUACAGAUCAGCACCUCCUAAACCACGCACAUUUGAUAACAUAUACAGUCAACAUGCAAGGAAUGGAUUCAAAUACUGGAAUGGGGAGAAAAAGCAAGCAAACACAACGCGCUGGGGUUGCCUGGGACAGCUUUAGGUGGCAGUGCAGGGAGAAACAUGCUCUUUUAAGCUCAACCUGGAAAAUACAGAUUAGGGGCAAGAGAAAGAAUGCAUCUGGGAUUAUUAGGAUAAUAUAAAUUUGUUGAUAUGGAUUACAUCAAGCAAUAAAAUUGCACUCUAAGAAAUACCCCAGACAAUGUGAGAUACACCAUGGAAUACAGAUGAUGUAUUUAAAAUUUAUGGAAGAAUGGCAUGUGGUUUUUGAAGUGAAACUACUGACAACACAACAUAUAUAGAUGUGGAGGCACAUUUUAUGAUGGAAAAAUAUGUGUACUGCAUUUGAUACAUGUCUGCAAAUCUGGAUUUGCUUUGCAGAACCAAUCCUCAGAUAUUACAAAAUUCAAAGUUCCCUUGAGAGCAGUCGUGGUUUUAGAUGUAGAUAGGGUUCUAGUAAUAUUCUGAACUAUCAAAUAUUCCGUCCAGUGUGGUUAAAAAUAUUUGAGACAAUAAUUUAUGAAGAGGCUUACAUUGGGCAUCUAGAUUAGUGAGUUAGGCACAUUGCAUGUAUUUCAGUAAAUGUUUAAUCAAUCUGAAUAAUUUAUUUUUUAUUAUCAUGUAAUUGUCUUGCAUGUUUGAUGAGGAUGCUAAUGUCUCUGGUAGUCAGUGGUCUUAUAAAUUGGUAAAUUUUCCAUUUUAUUAGUUUUUAGGGGAGAUUUCACUCUGAACAUAAAUGUACAUAUCAAUUUUAGUGCUAUAUGCUUGAGAUUAAAUGUUGAAUUUUCAGAAAAUAAAUUUUCUAUAUUACAUUUGCCAGAAAUGUAGGCUACAUUGUGUUUGAGAGUAUAGUCAUUUAGUAUAAACAUGUUGAAUAAGUUGCCAAUAUGAAGUUUAUGAGCAUAUGGCCAGCAAGGGAAUGAUGUGUUGCAUAAACCAGAAUACAAGAAUUAUAUUUUGAAAUGAAACUACUGUACAGUGACGUAGUUAAUAAUGUUUGAAGAGAAAAUACAAUCCAGGAUUGUCAAAUAUUUUUCCUUGGAUGUUGCUGUGCAGUAAUAUUUGAAUGUAUAGAAAUGUAGAGUAUGCAGUACAGAGUAUACAUUAUACUAACAAUGCACUGGCAUUAUAAAGUUACGGUUAUCACUUUGCUUCAGGAUAAAAUGUUUCUCUGAGG